GCAGAAGGAUGGGGAGAGCCUACAAUCAUUUUACGCCAGAUGGUCCAGGGUGGCGAUGGCAGUACGCGAUCUUACUCCUGAGACCGCCGCCCAUCACCUUAUGGAAGCCACAACUAACAUGGAACUCAAGCGGGCGCUAGCAAAGAGGCCCGUAACUCUGUCAACGGAAUUAGAGAUGAAGAUUGAAAAGGCAAUCACGCUGGAAGAAACCCUCGGAGCGGGAUCGGUUAGGCGCUUCGAGCCAGCAAAAUUGCCACGGGAGGAGCAGGGACGGCGGCAGCUAGCGCAGCUGCACAGCGGGCAAAAGCGCCAUCCCCCUCCCCCACAAGAGCAAGGCCAGCGGGGAAGGUCGCCAGACAGACGCGCGCCCCACGCGUUCACGCCGCACAACGACUCCGUGAAGAACGUGUUCCACGUUCUGCGCGAGAAGGGGUACAAGCUCAAUUGGCCCGCGCCUCUGAAGUCAUUGCCCCACAUGAGGGACCCAAAAAAACAUUGUGACUUCCACAGAGCAACGGGGCACUGGACGGAGGAUUGUCGAGAGCUGCGCUACGAAAUAGAGGGCCUCAUACGGCGAGGAUUGCUGACUGAGUUCACACACGAGAAAGAGGAGCAAGUUCGGGGGACCCAAAACCCGCCACCACCGCCACAAUCCGACUACAACGAAACCACGGCAGAGUAUGUAGUGCGGAAAGAGAUAGGGGUGGUAACGGUGGAAGGAGAUCGCCCGAAGAAGAAAACCAAGCGCGAACGAGCGAUCGAAUUCGCGGCAGCGGAUGUACCAGCAGGAGGCCAACUAAGCUUCGACGACACCAAAUUACCGCAAGGCAUUCCGUCGGAAGACCCGCUCAUUAUCACCGCGCUAGUGGCCGCCUGCAAAAUUCACCGUCUACUGAUAGAUGGAGGCGCCGCGGCGGACAUCCUCUUCCAAAGCACCAUCGACAAGAUGGACAUCGACCCGCGCUUAAUCAAGCGCGCCCAAGGAAACCUGGUUGGUUUCUCUGGAGCGAGGGUGCCAGUAAUUGGGGUGGUCACUCUCCCUGUGGUCAUCGGUGACCAAGAGCCGCGCGUCUCAAAGCAAGUCGAGUUCACAAUAGUCGACUGCCAAUCAUCCCACAACGGCAUCUUGGGCCGACCCUUCCUAGCAAAAUUCAUGGCCCUUCCUUCCACGUGCCACCAAAAACUCAAGUUCCCUACCAAAAUGGGAACCGGAGAGGCGCGCGGGACACCAUGGGGGGCCCUGAAACUAGAGGGAGAGCCCUGGCAAACAAACAUCGUCGACACAAGGCCAGAGGAGCCCCGCCCAGAAUCAAUGGAUUUCGAUUUCGAGUUCGCGCUCGACCCAACCGAGCCGACCAGAAAAAUACGCAUCUCUACUCACGUUCGCGACGACGCGAUUGAGCCACUCAUAGCGCUAUUAAAGGAGUACAAAGAGCUAUUCGCCUGGUGCACAGAAGACAUGCCAGGGGUACCAAGGCAGGUAGCCGAACAUUGCCUUGCAGUCCCGCCGAGCGCGAUUCCGAGGCAACAAGCGCGACGCGGCUUUACGGGCGACAAACUGAAAGCCAUCGAAGAGGAGGUGGCGUGACUCUUGGCGACAGGGUUGAUUCGCCCGGUCAGAUACCCAAAGUGGUUGGCGAAUGUAGUCCUGGUGAAAAAAUCUUCGGGCGCUUGGCGGAUGUGCGUUGACUACACGACAAUCAACAAAGUAUGCCCAGGUGA